UGGGAAGCGGCGCCAUAUUGGCGUCGGCCGCGCUGUAUUGUCAUAAAUAGAGCCGGUUUUGUGGUGUUUUCACUACUCGGUUGGAUGCCUCGGCCGUAGUAAGUGAGAAAGUGAGCGAGCAAGCGAGCUACAAGCGACCGGGGGAAAGGCGACAAGAGGAGAAGGGAAGAGCAAGAACUUGACUCCAGAGAGAAAGAUACUCGCCGGUGUGGGAGACGCAGGAAGCGAUGAAAGAGAUGUCUGCAAACACCAUGCUGGACAGCCAGCGUCAACAAAAGCAUUAUGGAAUCACUUCUCCAAUUAGUUUGGCAUGUCCUAAAGAAAUUGAUCAUAUUUACACACAGAAAUUAAUUGAUGCUAUGAAACCAUUUGGAGUGUUUGAAGAUGAGGAAGAAUUGAACCACAGGCUUGUUGUUCUUGGUAAAUUGAACAAUUUAGUAAAAGAAUGGAUUUCUGAUGUCAGUGAGAGUAAGAAUCUCCCACCUUCUGUUGUGGCUACUGUUGGUGGUAAAAUUUUCACGUUUGGCUCCUAUAGGCUUGGAGUACACACCAAAGGAGCUGACAUUGAUGCACUUUGUGUAGCUCCAAGACAUGUGGAGAGAUCUGAUUUUUUUCAGUCUUUUUUUGAAAAACUGAAACAUCAAGAUGGCAUUAGAAACUUAAGAGCUGUAGAAGAUGCCUUUGUACCUGUUAUAAAAUUUGAAUUUGAUGGAAUUGAAAUUGAUCUAGUCUUUGCAAGACUGGCAAUUCAAACCAUAUCAGAUAAUUUAGAUCUAAGAGACGACUCUCGACUGAGAAGCCUUGAUAUAAGGUGUAUUCGCAGCCUAAAUGGAUGUAGAGUUACUGAUGAAAUUUUGCAUUUAGUGCCAAAUAAAGAAACUUUUAGACUCACCCUAAGAGCAGUCAAAUUAUGGGCAAAACGACGUGGUAUUUAUUCCAACAUGCUGGGAUUCCUUGGUGGUGUCUCCUGGGCAAUGCUAGUUGCAAGAACUUGUCAAUUAUACCCAAAUGCAGCAGCUUCUACUUUAGUUCAUAAGUUCUUUUUAGUUUUUUCCAAGUGGGAAUGGCCAAAUCCUGUGCUGCUGAAGCAACCAGAAGAAAGCAAUUUAAAUUUGCCUGUUUGGGAUCCUCGGGUAAAUCCAUCAGAUAGGUAUCAUCUCAUGCCCAUAAUCACCCCUGCCUACCCACAGCAGAAUUCUACGUAUAAUGUGUCCACCUCAACUCGAACAGUAAUGGUAGAAGAAUUUAAACAAGGUCUUGCAGUCACAGAUGAAAUCCUUCAAGGGAAAUCAGACUGGUCCAAACUACUUGAGCCACCAAAUUUUUUUCAAAAGUAUAGACAUUAUAUAGUAUUGACUGCCAGUGCAUCAACAGAAGAAAACCAUCUAGAGUGGGUUGGAUUAGUGGAAUCUAAAAUUCGUGUGCUUGUUGGAAACUUGGAACGAAAUGAAUUUAUUACUCUUGCCCAUGUAAAUCCCCAGUCAUUCCCAGGAAAUAAGGAACAUCAUAAAGACAACAAUUACAUAUCAAUGUGGUUCCUUGGAAUAAUUUUUCGGAGAGUAGAAAAUGCAGAAAGUGUCAACAUAGACUUGACCUAUGAUAUACAGUCAUUUACUGAUACAGUGUACAGACAGGCAAAUAAUAUAAACAUGCUAAAGGAAGGAAUGAAAAUUGAAGCAACUCAUGUUAAAAAAAAGCAGCUUCAUCACUACCUUCCAGCAGAGAUUCUUCAAAAGAAGAAAAAGCAAAGUCUUUCUGAUGUUAGUCGAAGUUCAAGUGGACCACAAUCCAAAAGAUCAUCUCUAGAUAGCAAUUGUUUGGAUAGUUCCAGGGACACUGAUAAUGGAACACCUUUUAAUUCCCCAGUGUCUACAAACAAACCUUCCAAGCCUGACAUUCCUCCUUCAGGAGAAACAGAAAGGAGUAAUGCUGAGCCUGCUGCUGUCAUUGUGGAAAAGCCACUGAGUGUCCCCCCAGCACAAGGACUAUCUAUCCCAGUCAUUGGUGCAAAAGUUGAUUCUGCAGUAAAAGCUGUAUCACCCCCAGCUGUGUGCACCAUUCCUACUGUAGUGGGACGAAAUGUCAUUCCUAGAAUCCCGACACCCCACAACCCUGCCCAGGGACAACCACAUCUUAAUGGAAUGUCAGCUAAGAAUGUUACACAUAAGAGAUCCCAUUCCCCAUCCAUAGAUGGGUCUUCUAAGAGGUUGAAAGACAUAGAAAAGUUUAUUCGGCUUGAAUCAACGUUUAAGGAAUCACGUGCUCCUGAAGAUAGAAAAAGAAAAGCAAUGGAUGCCAUUGGAGGAGAAUGUAUGCCUAUUCCAACAAUUGAUACAUCACGCAAAAAGAGACUACCCAGUAAAGAACUACCAGAUUCAUCAUCUCCGGUUCCAGCAAAUAACAUCCGAGUCAUCAAAAAUUCCAUUCGACUGACCCUUAAUCGAUGCCGUAGCAUUCUGUCAUUGAUUGCUACAUGCACUUCUGUGAGGAUCACCUGCUAUCAAAUUAUCAUCUACAAUAUUACGGCUUUGCGUUGGAGGUUUUACUGCCUUAACUUUCGAUGCUUGUUUCUCUGUUGUGGGAACCAGUUCUUGGCUCUUUGGACACGGAGAAAACAAGUCCUGAACUUUUUCUUUCUUUCUUUCUUUCUUUCUUUCUUUUUUUUUUUUUUUUAAGUCUUAUGUUAUAAUCAUUGUAUAGUACUGAAAAAGUUGAAAACAAAACAAAAAAAAUUGUCUUGUAAUUUUCCAAAUGUUAACACAUUUACUUUAGCAUUGAAGCCACUUUGUGAAACCUGAGAUAAAUGAAUGUGAGGUAUCUUUUCUGCUUUUCUCAUUUGUGUAGAUGUACUUAUUGUCUAUUCUGUUGAUUUAAAUUAUUUUUUUUCCAGAAUGGCACAUGGAAUAUUUAAAUUUCUAUUUUUUUUUUGUGCCUUUCUGUCCAAGUGUUGCAUAGUUACCAGGGAGGAUUAGUCCAGUGAUUACAUAAGAGUUGGGCACGAUAAAUUCUCUAUAUUUUGCCUCCCAUGGAGGCCUUUGAAAUGCAUCUUUAUAAAGAAUCAGAAUAUAACCAAGAUACUGAAAGUCAGUAUAUGAAUGGUAAAAUUGUUACAUAUCCUAGCUCAUGCCAUUCUUGUUAGUUGACUGGUAUUUUUUACUGAGGAGCGACUCAUUCCAGCACCAACAAUAAGAUACCUUGAAGUAUGGCAAACUUGUAUUUUUAAGGUGUAAAAAUAACUUGGCAUGGUAAUUCUUGACCAUUACUUACCCCACAACUUCAAACAGUUUCUUCAUGGACUAGGCAUGCAGAAAUAAGCAGUGGAUUUUACUGAAACCUAAAGGCAUUUUUGAAUGACAUUGUUACCAACCAUUAAUUGGCUCAGGACCUUUGUAAUUUUUAUUUAACUAUAUGAGUUGUCUUUUUUUACACUGCUUUUUUCAAUGCAUUUCUUAAUAUUUUUUAAGUUUCAUGAACGCAUGCUCAGUUUAUUAAAAUCCAUAACCAUGUAAUUCUUGUAAUAUGUUGAUUCAGUGUUUUGUAAAUGAAGUCGUAUGUAUUUUCAGAGUAUUUUUGUAUGUACUGUAAGAUACCAUCUUUUCAAAGAGAAAACUUUAAAACCUUUA